AUGGGGAAGGGUAUGUUGACGACUACUACUCACGGGCCCAGCAGGGCUGGCUGGCAGUGCGCGAACGGAGCGAUGUCACAGCUGCUACGGAAUUUGGAGACCGAGUUCGGACGGUUGCGCACGGGCAAUGGGGAGGCGGAUCACGGGUUGAAGAAGUGCGCGGACGAGACGCACGAGUUCCGCGUACAGUUGAAGAAGCUCAAGGCGCACUUGGCCAAGCAGGCGCAGGAGCGGCAGGCCGGCGAGGUGGUGGACGAAGCGGGCUUCGAACGCAAACGGGAGCUGAUCGUCGAGAAGCUCCGGCGAACGCACACGUCGUGGAGCGGUGCGGUGCGGCGUACGUGCCGCGGAGCGGUGGCUGCGCAGGGCCGGUUCGAGAAGCACGCGGUGCAGCGGUUGUUCGAGUUCGAGCUGGACAAGGUGUACACGCAUCGGCUUCCGGCGCACGCGCGUGAGCAGGUGGCGCGAGCGAUCGGCAAGCACCUGUCGCGCUACAACAUCAGCAACAUCCCGGUGCGCGAGCACGACGACAUCUUGCGGUACAUGCGCGCGAUAUACGGUGUGGACGAGGAGGUCACGGAGGACUAUGUGGAGAUGAGCCAGAUCAUACAGGAUAUGCGCAAGGGCGACAUCUCAGGCUGCAUGGCAUGGUGCGAGCCGGGCUCGAACCUGCAGUUCGAGUUGUAUUUGCUCAAGGCCAAGCAAUUGCUCCUGGAGGGCGACAGGCUACUGACGUACAACUAUGUGAUGAACAACAUACCCGGGCUCAUGUUGCAGACACGCAAAUACGGGAUCCGGCGCGACAUCGGGACCCUCCUUGCGAACAUCGCGGUUGGUGACGCCGCGAAGUUCGAGUCGUUGGAGAGCGAGAUCCGCGUCCAGCUCGACAAGUGCGUUGCCUUGUUCACGCGAGAUUAUUGCCGGAAGAACAACUUGCUGUACAACUCUUCCCUCUUUUUGAUCCUGCUCAGCGGCAUCAUCUCGUUCCAGUUUUUCAUCAAGUAUCAGACCAUCCGGGCCGCGAGCCAUGUCGAUUGGACUACCGAGGAUGAGCUUCCAUUCAGCGUCAAACUACCGGACUUCUUGUCGGACUUUCAUCCGAUCUUUAUCUGCCCGGUUCUCAAGGAGGAAACCACACGGGAAAACCCGCCAUAUUCGUUGCCCUGCCACCACAUCAUCUCAAAGAAGAGCUUGGACAAGCUAAGCACCAACGGCACCUGCAACUUCAAAUGCCCAUACUGCCCCAUCAUGGCCUCGAAGUCAAAAACCCACAAGGUCAACUUUGCCAAAUUGUGA